CACCGGGUCCGUCUGCACCGCGCGACUCCCGCGCCGCCGCCCGCACGGCCCGGCCCGGCAUGGAGCGGCGCUGAGAGCCCGAGGCAGCCAGCCCGAAGCCGCCUUUGUGCCACUGUCGGGGCGAGGAUUAUCCUCACCGUCCCUGGGAUGGAGGACGCCGGCGUCCAGCGGGGAAUAUGGGACGGCGAUGCCAAGACGGUCCAGCAGUGCUUGACUGACAUUUUUACCAGCGUUUACACCACCUGCGACAUCCCGGAAAAUGCCAUUUUCGGCCCCUGCGUCCUGAGCCACACGUCCCUGUAUGACAGCAUCGCCUUUAUCGCCCUCAAGUCCACCGACAAGCGCACCGUUCCCUACAUAUUCCGGGUGGACACGUCGGCGGCCAACGGCUCGUCGGAAGGGCUGAUGUGGCUGCGGCUGGUGCAGUCGGCGAGGGAACGGGAGGAGCAGAACCUGGAGGCCUACAUCAAGAGCGGGCAGCUCUUUUAUCGCUCCCUACGCCGCAUCGCCAAGGACGAGGAGCUGCUGGUGUGGUACGGGAAGGAGCUCACCGAGCUGCUGCUGCUCGGCCCGGCACGGACCCCCGCCCGCACCAACGGCUCGCCGCCCUUCGCCUGCCCUGAGUGCAGCCAGCGCUUCCAGUUCGAACUGCCCUUCGCCGCACACCUCCGGUUCCGCUGCCCCAAGAGGCUACACGGCCCCGACACCGGCCCCGCCGCCGAGGCCGCAGGCGUCAAGGACGGCGCUGGCAAGGAGCAGGAGCCCGGCAAGUUCGGGAAGCCCAGCGGGCCGCCGCACCAUCCCUUCCCUGGGCCUGAUGGUGGCCCUGCCGCCAGCACCAAGCCCUCCACAGACUUUCACAACCUGGCGAGGGAGCUGGAGAACUCCCGCGGCGGGCUCGCCGGGUCCCCGGGGCGGCCGGUGCCUUCCGAGGGUGGCCCUGAGGCGGCGGCCGGGAAGGCGAAGCGGCGCUUCCCUGAGGAGGAAGAGCGCGGGCCCAGCACGGCACGGGGCCGCUUCCCGGCGGAGCGGCCGGGGCUGCCGGCGGCGCCCAAGGAGGAGCCGGGCUGCGCCCCACAGCAGCAGUACCGUGCCGCCGGCUCCUACUGCGGGCUCGAGGAAGGCGGACGCCUCUUCGCGCCCCCCAGCCCAGAAACCGGAGAGGCCAAGCGCAGCGCAUUCGUGGAGGUGAAGAAGGCGGCCCGUGGCCCCGAACCCGAUGGCGGCCCCGAAGACGGCCCAGAGCGCAGCUCCCCGGGCGCAGGCGGCGCGGAACAUGGCCUGUGCCCCCGCGGCGGUGCGGGGGGAUCCCUGGCCGCCCGCCUGGACGGUGGCAGCCCGGCGCGGGGCAGCGCCUUCAGCACGGUGCCGCAGCUCGGGGCCGGCCCCGGGGGAGCCGGCGGCGGCGGGGCCGAGGAGCGAAAAAGCGCCUUCUCGCAGCCCGCCCGCUCCUUUCCGCACGUCCCGCCGCUGGUGCUGGGUCCCAAGCUGGGCGGCUUGGGCGAGCCCUGCCCCGACGGGGCCGCCGCCCCCGCCCGCCUGUACGCCGCCGAGGCGCUGGCCGCCAAGCUGCCGGGCGGCGCGGAGGCGGCGGGCGGUGGCGGCGGCGGCGGGGGGGGGCUGCCCAAGCAAAGCCCCUUCCUCUACACCACGGCCUUCUGGCCCAAGAGCUCGGCGGCGGCGGCGGUGGCGGCGGCGGCGGCGGGGCCGCUGCAGCUGCAGCUGCCGUCGGCGCUGACGCUGCUGCCGCCGUCGUUCACCUCGCUGUGCCUGCCGGCUCAGAACUGGUGCGCCAAGUGCAACGCGUCCUUCCGCAUGACCUCGGACCUGGUCUACCAUAUGCGCUCCCACCACAAGAAGGAAUAUGCGCUGGAGCCCCUCGUCAAGCGCCGCCGCGAGGAGAAGCUCAAGUGCCCCAUCUGCAACGAGUCCUUCCGCGAGCGCCACCACCUCUCCCGCCACAUGACCUCCCACAACUAGCGGGGAUACCGCCCCCGGCCCCGGGAACCCGCUCGGAAUCCCACGCGGGGAACUCCCACGCCGUCCGCCUCUUCCACCCUUCCCGUUCGAUGCACGCGUUUCCACUGUCCGGGAAGGGGCGGGGAGGGCAGCGGGUGAGGAGAAAGAGGUUGAAGAAGAAGAAGCAGAAUAAUGAAGGUAAAAGUGGAAAAAAAAAUUUAAAAAAAAAUUAAAAAAAAAAAGGCAAGCAUCGGGAAAAAGAAAAAAUCAAA